AUGAUGUUUUCCCCGACUCAAGGGGUUCCUUCACAAAAUCCAGAGUGGAAUGGGUAUCAGGCUGUAAUUGAGGCCAAUAUCAUUCACCCGCUUGUACAUCUUCUCCAACAUUCAGAGUUCGAUAUAAAAAAGGAGGUUGCAUGGACCAUCUCUAAUACCACUUCCGGUGGCUCUCAUGAACAAAUCCAAUUUCUUGUUAGCCAAAGUUGCAUUGGCCCACUCUGUGAUCUCCUAAACUGUCCAGACGCAAGGAUUGUAACUGUAUGCCUUGAGGGUCUGGAGAACAUUCUGAAGGUGGGUGAGGCAGACAAAGAAAUGGGACUAAAUGGCAGAGUCAAUAUAUAUGGUCAGGCAAUUGAUGAAUGUGAAGGAUUGGAUAAAAUCGAGAAUCUUCAGAACCAUGACAACCAUGAGAUUUAUGAGAAGACUGUGAAGAUCUUGGAGAGAUAUUGGGCAGAAGAAGAAGAUGAGGAGCAAAACAUCCAGGAUAACGGGGAUGGAACUCAACAAGGUUUUCCUUUUGGAGCAAACCAGCCUACCCUACCCCCUGGUGGCUUCAAAUUUGGGUAA